GUCGGGCGCGGAGGAGAUCCCAGAAGCAGCCACCGCCUGAGAAGUGGAGACACUGAGCGGCACCCCGGCCCCUCCCGUUCGUUGUCUGACUUGCUGGCGCAGGUCGGAAAGAUGCUGUCCUGCCGUCUCCAGUGCGCCCUAGCCCUGCUCUCCGUCGCCUUGGCGGUGAGUAGCGUCUCCGCGGCGCCCUCGGACCCGAGACUCCGGCAGUUCCUGCAGAAGUCACUGGCUGCGGCAGCGGGCAAACAGGAACUGGCGAAGUACUUUUUGGCAGAAUUGCUCUCAGAACCCAACCAGCCGGAAAAUGAAGCCCUGGAGCCCGAGGACCUGUCCCGAGGCGCAGAGCAGGAUGAAGUGAGGCUGGAGUUGGAGCGAUCGGCUAACCCCAACCCCGCCUUGGCGCCCCGAGAACGCAAAGCCGGCUGCAAGAAUUUCUUCUGGAAAACAUUCACAUCCUGUUAGCUUUCGGAGCCAGCCGCCGCCCCGCCAAGCCUGGCCCCCCCAUCCCCAGCAAGACCUUCACGACACGAGCCGAAGACUGUAAAUAUACAAUCCACGGUUAUGGUGAAAUUUAAACAACCACCGAAAUAAUUGCGUUGAUUUCCACUUGUUUUAAUAAAACUUUCCGUUCGAUUGUACCUGA